CCCGGAGCUCCGCCCCCAGCCCGGUGGCGGCUGGACCGUUGGCGCUUUCUGCGGGCGCGGGGCGGGAGUGAGCAGCCGUCCGGGUAUCAUUUGGAGAAAAAAAACUGAGUAGCAUCGAGCACUCCUUGAAACAUGGAUCCCCUGGAAUAAUGCGACAUGCUGGUGGCCUUGACAUUGUACCAGGAUGUACAGGGCUGGGGAGCCAGGGAAGCGGCCUGGUCCUGCGCCCCGUGUGCGGAAUGUGGAAGUGGCCCGAGGCAGAGCUGGCUAUGGCUUCACCCUGUCUGGGCAGGCACCCUGUGUGCUCAGCUGCGUCAUGAGGGGCAGCCCUGCAGAUUUUGUGGGCCUCCGGGCUGGAGACCAGAUACUUGCCGUCAAUGAAAUCAAUGUGAAGAAGGCUUCUCAUGAAGAUGUGGUGAAACUAAUUGGAAAAUGCUCCGGGGUCCUGCACAUGAUGAUCGGUGAGGGCAUUGGCCGUGUGGAGUCCUGUUCCAGUGAUGAAGAGGGUGGGCUUUAUGAGGGGAAAGGCUGGCUGAGGCCCAAACUGGAUUCUAAAGCAUUGGGUAUAAACAGGGCAGAAAGGGUCAUGGAAGAGGUGCAGUCUGGUGGGAUUUUCAACAUGAUUUUUGAAAGUCCAAGUCUUUGUGCAAGUGGCCCUGAACCCCCGAAGUUGAAGCAGAGGUCACUAUCAGAGUCAGCGGCUGUGCGACCUGAUGUUCAGGACAGUCUGUGUGCUCCGCAUUCCAGCAUGCUCUCAAAGGAGGAGCUAUCAAAAGAUACCAAUGAUGAUUCAGUGUUCACUGUGGGGCUGGACAGUCACGAUGAUUUUGGGCUAGAUGCAAGUAUCUUAAACGUUGCCAUGGUUGUGGGCUAUUUGGGCUCCAUUGAGCUCCCUUCCACGAGCUCCAACCUGGAGCAGGACAGUUUACAGGCCAUCCGUGGUUGCAUGCGCCGCCUGAGGGCUGAACAAAAGAUACACUCACUGGUGACCAUGAAGGUCAUGCACGACUGUGUGCAGCUGGUCACUGACAGGGCUGGCGUGGUGGCUGAGUACCCUGCCGAGAAGCUGGCGUUCAGUGCAGUGUGCCCAGAUGACAGACGGUUCUUUGGGCUGGUCACCAUGCAGACCAAUGACGAUAGAGCCCUGGCCCAAGAGGAUGAAGGUGCCCUGAGAACGUCCUGUCAUGUGUUCAUGGUGGACCCAGACUUAUUUCAUCACAAGAUCCACCAAGGCAUUGCCCGGCGGUUUGGGUUUGCGUGCACGGCAGACCCAGACACCAGCGGCUGUUUGGAAUUCCCAGCAUCCUCUCUCCCUGUGCUUCAGUUCGUCUCUGUCCUGUACCGAGACAUGGGUGAGCUAAUUGAGGGUGUGCGGGCCCGUGCAUUCCUGGACGGGGAUGCCGAUGCCCACCAGAACAACAGUACCAGCAGCAACAGUGACAGCGGCAUUGGGAAUUUUAACCAGGAAGAGAAGAGUAACAGGGUGCUUGUGGUUGACUUGGGUGGGGGCUCCAGCAGGCACGGCCAGGGCAGCAGCCCAGGGUGGGAAGGUGUGAGUGGGAGGGGCUCACAGCCUUGGGGUGCACCCUGGAAUGGGGCCUUUUGCCAUGACCCAGAGGUGGGCUCCCUCUUCGAGACAAGCCCCCAAAUGGACAGGUUCUGGGACUUAACAAAACCUUCAGGACCGGCCUCCCACAUGGAGGUCUCCCCAGCUGCCUUGCGGAGUUCUGUACCCCCUUCCAAGAGAAGCACCAUGGGCUCCAGCUGUGGUUUCAACCAGCGGUGGCUCCCAGUCCACGUGCUGCAAGAGUGGCAGUGUGGACAUGCCAGUGACCAAGAGUCUUACACAGACUCCACUGAUGGGUGGUCCAGUGUCAACUGUGGCACAUUGCCCCCCCCCAUGAGCAAGAUUCCUGCAGACCGCUAUCGGGUGGAAGGCAGCUUUGCACAGGCCCCAUUGGGCACACAGAAGAGGGACUGGUCCAGAAAGACUUUUGGAAUGCAAAACAUUUUUGGGCCCCAUCGAACCAUUAGAAAGUCCAAAGAAGACAAGAAGAGUUCAAAACUUGGGCGAGGAGUUGGCUUGGCACAGACGUCUCAGCGGACCUCUGCACGAAGGUCAUCUGGAAGGCCCAAGAGAUUCAGCGUCACACGCUCCCUCGAUGACCUUGAGUCUGCAACUGUGUCAGAUGGUGAGUUGACGGGUGCUGAUCUGAAGGACUGCGUCAGCAACAACAGCCUGAGCAGCAAUGCCAGUCUCCCCAGCGUGCAGAGCUGCCGGCGCUUACGCGAGAGGAGGGUUGCCAGCUGGGCUGUGUCGUUCGAGCGUCUGCUGCAGGACCCUGUUGGUGUUCACUACUUCUCGGACUUUCUAAGGAAGGAAUUCAGUGAGGAGAAUAUUGUGUUCUGGCAGGCCUGUGAAUAUUUCAGUCAUGUUCCUGCACACGACAAAAAAGAGCUCUCUUACAGGGCCCGGGAGAUCUUCAGCAAAUUCCUGUGCAGCAAAGCCACCACUCCCGUCAACAUCGAUAGCCAGGCCCAACUGGCAGACGACAUUCUCAAAGCUCCCCACCCUGACAUGUUCAAGGAGCAACAGCUCCAGAUUUUCAACCUGAUGAAGUUUGACAGCUACACUCGCUUUCUGAAAUCCCAGCUGUAUCAAGAAUGUGUCCUGGCCGAGGUAGAAGGCCGUGCCCUCCCUGACUCCCAGCAGGUCCCCAGCAGCCCUGCCUCCAAGCACAGCAUCAGCUCAGACCACUCCAAUGUGUCUACGCCAAAAAAGUUAAGUGGAAAAUCAAAAUCGGGCCGAUCCUUGAAUGAGGAUGCAGGGGACGAGGACAGCGAGAAGAAACGCAAAGGGGCCUUUUUCUCUUGGUCAAGAAACAGGAGCACAGGGCGGUCCCAGAAGAGGAAGGAGCACAGCGACCACGCCCAUGAUGCCCUUCAUGCCAACGGAGGCCUGUGCCGCCGGGAGUCCCAGGGUUCUGUGUCCUCUGCAGGCAGCCUGGACCUGUCAGAAGCUUGCAGGACCUCAGCACUGGAGAGGGAUAAGGCUGCCAAGCACUGCUGCGUCCACCUCCCAGAUGGGACAUCCUGUGUGGUGGCUGUCAAGUCAGGGUUCUCCAUCAAAGAGAUCCUGACUGGAUUCUGUGAGCGGCAUGGCAUCAAUGGGGCUGCUGUGGACCUCUUCCUGGUGGGCGGGGACAAGCCCCUAGUGCUGCAUCAGGACAGCAGCAUCCUGGCCACCAGGGACCUGCGCCUGGAAAAGCGUACUUUGUUUCGGCUGGAUCUCGUUCCGAUUAAUCGGUCAGUGGGACUCAAGGCCAAGCCCACCAAGCCUGUCACAGAGGUGUUGCGGCCAGUGGUAGCCAAGUAUGGCCUGGAUCUGGGUAGCCUGCUGGUGAGGCUGAGUGGGGAGAAGGAGCCCCUGGACCUUGGUGCCCCUAUAUCAAGUCUGGAUGGACAGCGGGUCGUCCUGGAGGAGAAGGAUCCUUGCAGAGGGAAAGCAUCUACAGACAAACAGAAAGGCGCGCCUAUCAAACAAAACUCAGCUGUGAGCUCCAGCCCCAGAAACCACUCGGCUACGGGAGAGGAGAGAACACUAGGCAAGUCUAAUUCUAUUAAAAUAAAAGGAGAAAAUGGAAAAAAUGCUAGGGAUCCCCGGCUUUCAAAGAGAGAAGAAUCUAUUGCAAAGAUUGGGAAAAAAAAAUAUCAGAAAAUUAAUUUGGACGAAGCAGAGGAGUUUUUUGAGCUCAUUUCCAAAGCUCAGAGCAACAGAGCCGAUGACCAGCGUGGGCUGCUAAGGAAGGAAGACCUGGUGUUGCCCGAGUUUCUUCGCUUACCUUCUGGUUCCUCAGAACUCGCCCUGUCCAGCCCGGCCCCGGCCAAGGGCUUUAGCAAGAGAGCUGUUCCAGGCCAUGGCAAGGAAGGAGCAGCCCAGACUGAGGAGAGCUGUAGUGACAGCCCAGCAACUAGUCCUGGCUCGGCCCACAGCCCCAGCUCAGCCUACAGCCCUGGCUCCACCCACAGCCCCAGCUCCGCCUAUAGCCCCCCUGGGCCUCAUGGGACCACCGCACCUGGGCAGAAGUCUGCAGGGCCCUCCUGUAUUCCCACCGUGCAGGAGGGUACCACACAGGUCUGGAGGAGGCUGUCGCCAGAAGCAGAGGCUGGGGGCAUCCAGACUGUGGAGGACGAACAGGUGGCCGACUUAACCUUGAUGGGGGAGGGGGACAUCAGCAGCCCCAACAGCACGCUGCUGCCACCACCCCCCAGUUCCCAGGACACAUCGGAACUUCCAAGACCAGGUAUCUCCAGGUUCUGACCCUGCAUCCUUGAUCUGUCCUGCUCGCUGCCCACAGCCUGCUCCAGUCCAUGUUUAAUAAAGGGAACACUGAAGCAGGAGGCCCCCGGCCAUCACUUCUGCAUAGUGAGAUGCUCUGAGAGAUGGCCUCCUUCUCGGUGGUAUUUAUGGGGCCUUCUUUGCCUUUUCUGAAAGGAGAGCCGGUGGCAGCCAAGGUCCAGGUCCCGGGGGGUGGGGUAGACCGUCACUGUAGCUCCUUCCUGUACACACACCAUGUUGAGCUGCUCCUGUGAAGGUGCUAGGGGAACAGGAACCCACAUCCAGUGAUGCCCUGUGCGGGGUCAGGGCUCUGAGAGUGCGGGUGUUACCUGUAAAACCUGCAUUGCUGCCAUUUUAGUGUUUUGGUCUCAAGAUGGAAAAAAAAUAGUAUUUGUCUUUAGCAAACCAAGGGCUCUGUGUUGACAAGGACCAGAGUUCUUGAUGUCGGCCCCUCUGUGGCCAGCCAGGACUUCGCUGACCACCCUCCACAGACCAGCCAAUGGGCUAGGCUCUGGGCAGUCACUACUGCUUCUGUGGUAUUUGCAGGCUAGCCUCAGAUGUGUCCAUGCAUUUCUCUGGGUGGGAGUAUGAAGUUCAGUGUGUGUGGAGGGAUCAGAAACAUGGCCUGGUGGCAGAGAUGCCACCCCACUUCACAUGCCUGAUCUUAUACUACAGUGGCAGGGGCUUCCAGGAGCCCCAGUGUAUGGUGUCCCGCGAUGGCGGCGAAGAGCCUUUGGGUGCAUGUUUCCAAAUGUUCCUGUCUAACUCCUCAGCAGUGAUCUGCGUCAGGCAACAUGUGUGCCCAUCUAGGCCCUGCUUCCUGGGCCAGGGUGCCUCAGGGUUGGGUCUUUUCGGGCCUCAAUGCAUGUUCCAUGUACUUGCUCAUGUCUGGGCACUUGGGAGGGCCCUGCCCUGUAGGGUGGGCUCCAUAGCCCCUGCCUGGCAGGGAUGCUAUGCGUGGGGAAGAGCAAGGAGCCGCGGUGUCCCCACAUGCAUGCUUGGGCACUUGUCAAGCCGUACCCUCCUCUCCUCUUCUGGAGCGGCCUGUUUGCAGUUUCUCUCUGUGUUCUGCCUCUAUUCUUCCAAGAGUAAUAAACUCUAGAGCUCAUCACUUGA